UUAAUAAAACGAAAAAUAUCCGAAGAAUUUUAAUCUCUUCCGUAAACACUAAACACUUGGUGUUGGCGUGUUUUCCGUCUAAUCAAUGGCUUCUUUGGUUCUCUCUUCUCUCUGUUUCACUUCUCAAAAGCCUUGUUCUUUUACGUCUUCGCUCCGUUUCAGCUUGGGAGCUCUGACGGGAUCCAGAUCCGCCGCUCCGUUAACUGUCGGAUUCCGACCGGUGAAGAGGAGAAAUGGAAGAAUUAGGGUUUCGGUUUACUCCAGAGCUUCUCCUCUUGUGUUUCGGGACCUCGACGCUGAUGAUUUCCGGCAUCCGCUCGAUAAACAGAAUACGCUGAUCCUGAAAGCGAUUCCAGGGCUUAACGAACUAGGAAGAGCUUUACUAGCAGGAACUGUCACAGAGCAAAUCAUGCUUCUUGAGAAUAUAGGGACUUCAGUCCUUGUUUCGAAAGAUCAGCUUCCUGAACUUCAUAAAAUGAUGAUUGAAGCUGCGGGAAUAUUGAAUAUUGAAUCUCCUGAUCUCUAUGUUCGGCAAAGCCCUGUUCCAAAUGCUUAUACACUAGCUAUAAGUGGCAAAAAACCAUUUGUUGUCAUUCAUACUAGUCUUGUGGAGCUUCUGACGCGAAACGAAUUGCAGGCUGUUUUGGCUCAUGAGUUGGGUCAUCUCAAAUGUGAUCAUGGUGUGUGGCUUACCUUUGCAAAUCUUCUCACUCUUGGAGCUUAUAGUGUUCCUGGACUUGGUGCCUUUCUAGCUCAGACUUUAGAGGAACAGUUAUUCCGUUGGCUUAGGGCAGCAGAGCUUACUUGUGAUCGUGCAGCCCUUCUCGUUGCACAAGAUCCCAAGGUUGUCAUCUCUGUUUUGAUGAAAUUAGCUGGUGGCUGCCCAUCAAUGGCUGAUCAGCUAAAUGUGGAUGCAUUUUUAGAGCAAGCUCGCUCUUAUGAUAAAGCUUCUUCGAGCCCAGUUGGGUACUAUAUAAGAAAUGCUCAAACGCGGCAACUUUCACAUCCUCUGCCUGUUCUACGUGCACGUGAGAUUGAUGAGUGGUCAAGAAGUAAUGAAUACAGAAGCCUUCUUAAACGUGCAACUCAGAUGAACGUUGUAGAAAAAGUUUAGCUCUGGUCUGGACCUUGAGAAAGUCAAAGUUGAAAAUAGCUUUAAUAGAUUUUGACUUUGCCUAGCAAGAUUUGGUUCCCUUUAUGUUUAUAGAAGAUGCUUUGCCAGACAGAAAGAACACAGAAAAUGGAGGAAGCUUUUGCCCAGAGCAUCUCUAGCUGUGGUAAAACAUUUGUCUGUAAAGAACCACAAUUAGUUAGAGUCUAAAUUUACGGUAAGAGAAUUAUAUAUAGUUCAUCUUUGUAACUAUGAUAGAGAUCGUUUUAACAUAUGCUUCAUACUCAAAAGAACAGAAUACUGUAUAUCGUUGUCCAAAAGGAUAAAGCAAAUAUAGCAUUUUUUUUUCUUUUAAA